AUGGCUCCAGUGACAUUACAGACAGUCGAUACGCUAAUUGCGACCACAGACGAGCUCAAAGAUGUGAUCCAACACCUCUUCGAGAUCCAAUCCGCUGUCCACGGCUACCUAGGUCCUGAGACACAGCAAGAACUAGUUCGCAAAAUUAAAAACCUCACCCUGGCAUUAUCCAGCCUCUCCAAUCACACCCAAGAGACCUCAACCCAGGCGCCCAAUACCCAAUCAGCAACCCACGACCCUUCAAAUCCUCCUCUCUCCAGCAUCCAACUCCCUCCUGAGAUUAUCGACUACGUGGACGCAGCCCGUAACCCAGACAUCUACACCCGUGAAUUCGUCGAGCUUGUUCAGCGCGGAAACCAAGACUUGAAGGGAAAGCGGGAGGCCUUCGCGGGGUUCCGAGAUGUGCUCGCGCGUGAAAUGAGAAGUGCGAUGCCCGAAUGCCGCGGCGAAGUGGACCGUGUAGUUGCUGCAACGGGUGGAAGUGUCGAUCGGGAGGGCGCAGAGUCCACACAGACACUGUAA